CGCCGGUUCGCCGGUCGGGUUGCAGCCUGGAAAAGGGGAAACGACUGGCGGAGGGUAACAUCGGUGGUGCGGUGCUAUGGACCCCAGGGACAAUGUCGAGACCGGGGAGACGGAAAACCAGUCGGAGCUAUUCUACGUGCCAAUUCCAAGUGAAGCACCGUGCAAGAAGGAGCAGGAGAAACUGUCGGGAGUCGUCAAAAACGUCCACAGAAAACUGCGUAGGAAAUACAGGGAGGUGGGCGACUUUGACAAGAUCUGGCGUGAGCACUGCGAGGAUGAGCAGACACUGAGUGAGUACGCCCUCGCCAUGAAGAAUCUUGCUGACAACCAUUGGAUCAAAAAGUGUGAAGGAGAGGGCCGGAUUGAAUGGUGUCGCAGCGUCUGUCAAGAGUACUUUUUGGAUGGUGGAAUGAAAAGAGUGUUAGAGAAGGAUCAGAAAAGUGUCACGCUUGCUAUGGGUGUGGGUACAGCAUCUACGAGUGCCCAGCCGUACAGCACCAUCCCCAGUUCGAUUUCUCAGCUGGGGAAAAUGCGCCUUCUUGAUGUGGGAAGCUGCUUUAACCCUUUCUUGAAGUUUGACGAGUUCCUCACAGUCGGUAUUGACAUAGUGCCUGCGGUUGAGAGUGUGUACAAGUGUGACUUCCUCAACCUCCAGCUUCAGCAGCCGCUCCAGCUGGCGGGUGAUGCAGUCGAGGCUUUCCUCCGCCAGCUCCAUAACCCCAUCGAUGCUCUGCCCGCUCAGCUUUUCCACGUGGUGGUCUUCUCCCUGCUUUUGUCCUACUUCCCCUCGCCAUACCAGCGCUGGAUCUGCUGCAAGAAGGCCCAUGAGCUGCUGGAGCUGCAUGGCCUGCUGCUCAUCAUCACGCCUGACUCUUCUCACCAAAACCGCCACGCCCUCAUGAUGCGCAGCUGGCGGGUCGCGGUAGAGUCGCUGGGCUUCAAGCGCUACAAAUAUGUCAAGUAUUCUCACAUGCAUCUCAUCGCCUUCCGAAAGGUGUCUCUGGCCACCACCAGUGACCUGGUGUCACACAACUACCCUGAGAUGCUUUACAUCCCUCAGGACUUUAAUUCCAAUGAGGAGGAAGAUUGUGAAGACAUCACAAUGCAGGCGCGUUCCGAGUUUGAGGAUGACCAGCUAGCUUGGGGCUUCACGGAGCUACCAGACACACCCUAUGAUUCCGAUUCUGGGGAGAGCCAGAGCAGCUCCGUCCCCGGCUUUCAUGAGUUAGAGGAUCCCAUCUUGCUCCAGAGCUAGGCUAAACCAGCAACCCUCCCGCCCUUUUCUCCACCUAAAGCCCCUUUCAGACAUGGAAAGCAUAACAUCGCUGGCUUCAAAAGUCUGUAAAAGCGAUGGAAUUAUAUUUAGUUAAUAUUCCUAAUGCUUUAAAUCAAAUAUACCCCUGACAGUGAGAGAGAAGGCUACAGUACAAGCAUGAGGUUUGACACACAGUAUUAUCAGUGUCAGCUUUUAGAAGUGUAACCACGCUUUUGAAAGUUUAAUGCAUCCUCUGGUCAGCUGAGCAGCUCACAAUGAAGCACGGGACACAUGCAGACUUGUGCCGUGCCCGCGCUAAUGUUUCAAGGCUUGACCUAGAAAGAUUGGCAUUGCCGAAGAGCGACCAGGAUGCUGAUUGAGAUGUGAAGCCGACACAUUUCGAUGCUGCCAGGUUACCGUAAAUGGAGAGUGUGUCUGAAAAGGGCUUAAUUGUCGUCUCCCCUCCAACUGCUGCGCUGCCAAAUUUAACCAGCUGCAUUCUUACCCCACUUCUACUCCUUCUCAAAACAAUGCAGUUUGCACAGUGUGAAAGAAAAGUUUACAGAUUAUUUUCUCAUAUCCACACACACACACACACACACACACACACACACACACACACACACACACACACACACACACAAAAGAUGGAUAUAUUUUGAUAAAUAGUUAGGUUUUUUAAGAGUUGGAAAUCGAAUACCCGCAAGAUCUCUGAACUCCCCGCUCCUCUUAAUAUCAAAAGUCAGCUUGUCUACAUUCUGUACUCAGUCUCUGUUUGAAAUAAGCUAGAGUCGCAGGCUGCUCUGUACAAAAAAGCCAAAUACAGCAAACCUAAGCAGCGCGACGGGGGUUUGAUUGCACUGGUGAGACAGAGAUGGAAUAAGUAGACGGGCGUGUUUGCUUCUGGCACAUACAGCUCAACUUCCUGAAAACUUUUUUUUUUUUUUUUUUUUUGAUGUUCAUUUUAGUUUUCCAAGACAUAAAAAAAUUGUUUGGAAAUAGAUAUCCAUAGUCAAACAGUCAAACAUUGGUGUUGUAAAUUGUGGCAAUGCCUUGGUAACUUGGCAUUCUAUGAAUGAUUUUGUGUAUCUUUUACCAAAAAAAACAACAAAAAAAUGGUAUUUGUAGCAUUUGAAACAUUUUCAGAACCAUACAGUAGUAUUAGUAGGUUUACUAAUGUGAAACGUUAAGUGUUUACUUAUUGUGUUUAAAAAGGUACAAGUGCAUAGUAGGUACAAGGUUUUUGUCUUGCUCUUCUCUUAAAGACUGACUUCAUUCUGAAUGAUCUUUUUACUGCUGUUGCAUUUAAUCUUUUUUUUUUUUGUCUUAAGCAGCAGAUUGGUACAACACUGCAUGUCAGUGACUUUACACCAGUUUCCUUUGACACAGUUUUACAACUUUGAUGUGAAAAUACAGCACUCCACAAAAGCAGAUGCAGAGUUCCUUAGAAAAAUCACAGAGAGAAAUUUACACUCACUUUUGUAAAAAAGGUGAAAUAUUGUAAAAUUUAGAAAGCGAGGUCGGAUCUGAAAAUGCUGUAUGCUGCAGGGAGGUUUUAGCUAAGACACUACCAGGUGAAAUGUUAUUGUGUGUUCCUGCUGGUUCCUGAAUAGACUAAAUGUGUGGGUGUGGCUUAGACUGUGUGACUGAAGAAGUGAAUUUCUAGUGUGUGGAAUUUCUUUUGGUUGGUUUUUUGUUUUUGUCAGUGGCACUUUAUCAUUGAUCCCAAAGGGUGUCACAAAAUGUUGUUUCUUUUCACAAUUUUACAACCAAUGUGAUAGGCCCACAAAACGAUACCAAUAAUAACUAUAAGGUGCCUUCUGUGGUUUUUUUUUGUCCAUCAUAUUAGUGGAUAUGUGUUUAUGUAAUGCAGUGUGCUUUUGCCAUUUCCAUAUCAUUUUCUGGUUAAUGCAUAUCUCUGCUGUUUUGUUUUUUCUUCCUGAUCUUUAACAGGAGAAAAAAAAUUCACAGUACAUAUUCAGACUUUAAAGGGGCGUGUUUUGUGAUUUUUGUCUUCCAGUGUUUCUUUUGGCCUAUUUGCAUGAUAUGGAUCAUCUUCAUUAUCAGCAUUUUCAACAGUGCAGAACAAUGUGUCCUUACAGUACCAUUGUAUUUCUCUUUUAUAAAUGAAUGUAAAUAUAAGGUG